AUUUGAUAUCUUCACAUUCUUUCUAUUCUAUUUUAUCUCUCUCAAAGCUCCCUCUCUCUUAAUACUACCUUCUCUAAGAAUUGCUAUGGCUUCUAAGAUGAUCUGUUACAUUUUUUCCCCGAUGAUUUGUGAAUUUGUUUUUUACUCAACAAUGACAAAUAUCAAGAUGUUCUUGGACACUUUCAGAAAGAUUUUGAAGACUGGGGUGUCCGCGAAGAAUUUGGGGGCGGAAUUUGGUGGUUAUGGAUCAAGAUCCAGAUGCUGAUUGUGUUAACCCUGAAGAAUAGGUAGUGAUAAUUCAUCUAUUGUUCUAUUUGGUUUAAAUUGUAGUAUAUCACUUGUUUUGCUCAUCACUUGCUGAUGGGAAAGUUUCGAUGAUUAAUUUGCCGCGUUUUAAGAUUAGUGGUAGUUUGAGUCCUUCUGUUGUGAAUUUAGGUUCUUUGGUUGAUAUUAGAUUGGAGGGUAAUCAUAUAAAUGGUGUUGUGCCUAGUAAUUGGACUAGUUUGAUGAAUCUGAAGUUGUUGGAUCUGAGUGAUAAUGAUAUUUCUCCUCCUUUGCCGGUUUUUAGAAAUGGGUUGAAACCUAUGGUUGAUGGGAAUUCUUUGUUGAAUGGUGGUGGAGCGAAAGGUCCUUCCUCUGGGAAAAACAGUACGUCGGGUGGAUCGGGGAGUACGAGUGAUGAUACGAAGGGAGGGUCGGAUUCAAGUUCGAGUGAUUCGGUUGAAACGAAGAAAUCCAAAAGGAAAAACGUGGUUUUGAUUGUAGCUCCCAUUGCUGGUGUUGCGGCUGCUGCUUUUCUGUUGAUUCCGCUUUACGCGUAUUGUUUUAGAAGGACAAAGGAUGGAUUUCAGGCUCCAAGUUCACUUGUGGUUCACCCGAGAGAUCCGUCUGAUUCGGACAGUGUUGUAAAGAUAGCUAUUGUUAAUAAUACCAACGGAAGUGUUUCCACUUUGACAGGGAGCGGGACAGGGAGUAGAAACAGCAGCGCGUUUGGGGAGUCUCAUGUCAUUGAAGCUGGAAAUCUUGUGAUAUCGGUUCAAGUUCUAAGAAACGUGACGAAGAAUUUCGCCCCUGAGAAUGAGCUCGGUCGCGGUGGAUUUGGAGUUGUUUAUAAGGGAGAGUUGGACGACGGGACUAAGAUUGCAGUAAAAAGAAUGGAAGCAGGUGUGAUAACCAAUAAAGCCUUGGAUGAAUUUCAAGCUGAAAUCGCAGUUCUGUCGAAAGUUCGACAUCGACAUCUAGUGGCCCUUAUAGGUUAUUCCAUCGAAGGUAACGAGAGGAUUCUAGUGUAUGAGUAUAUGCCACAAGGCGCUCUCAGUCAGCAUCUUUUCCAUUGGAAAAGCCUCGGACUCGAGCCUCUCUCGUGGAAGAGGAGACUCAACAUUGCCUUGGAUGUUGCUAGAGGAAUGGAGUAUCUUCAUACUCUGGCUCAACAGAGCUUCAUUCACAGGGAUCUUAAGUCCUCAAAUAUUUUACUCGCUGAUGAUUUUAGAGCUAAAGUCUUGGAUUUCGGAUUGGUAAAACUCGCACCUAAUGGCGAAAAAUCUGUAGUGACUAAACUUGCUGGGACUUUUGGAUACUUGGCUCCUGAAUAUGCAGUGACAGGAAAAAUCACAACCAAAGUAGAUGUUUUCAGUUUCGGCGUCGUGUUAAUGGAGCUGUUGUCUGGAUUGAUGGCACUCGACGAGGAUAGACCCGAGGAAAGCCAAUACUUAGCAGCAUGGUUCUGGAAUAUAAAAUCCGAUAAGAAUAAACUAAUGGCUGCAAUUGACCCAACUCUCGAAAUAACCGACGAAACAUUCGAGAGCGUCUCAAUUAUCGCAGAGCUAGCCGGCCACUGCACAGCUAAAGAACCAAACCAAAGGCCAGAAAUGGGCCAUGCUGUCAACGUCCUCGCACCACUCGUUGAAAAAUGGAAACCGUUUGACGACGACCCCGACGAGUAUUCCGGCAUCGACUAUAGUCUUCCACUUAACCAAAUGGUGAAGGGUUGGCAGGAGGCGGAAGGAAAAGACACAAGUUAUAUGGACUUAGAAGACAGUAAGAGUAGUAUCCCCGCGAGACCUACUGGAUUUGCGGAUUCUUUUACUUCGGCGGAUGGCCGGUGAAACAAAUGGUUGCUUGUCGCUUUGUUGAAUGUUGCUAUUUUAUUUAUUUACUUUUUUUUAAUCUUUUCUUAGGUGUAGAUAGCAUGCUAUGAUGCUCUUUCUGUCUAAAAAAGAUUUUUUCUUUACCCACCUCCCUAUGGGGGGUCACCCCCAGCGAAAAACCCAAACUACCCCUGCUUCGGAAAUGAACUUCCGAAGCGCUUUUUUUUUAAAAAAAUUUCCUUUAUUCGGAAGUUCAUCUCCGAAAACACCUCAUGGGGGGUGCGUUCGGAGAUGAACAUCCGAAAACACCUCAUGGGGGGUGAAUUCGGAAGCUCAUUUCCGAAUUAUGCUGUGUUUUUUUUUUAUGUUUUUUCUUAAACAGUCUCGCAUUUUAAUUAAACGCAAACGCCAAAUAAAAUAUGCGACAUAUAAUUUGGUUGCCAUUUUUUUUCAAUCACAUCCGAAUCAUUUUC